CCAGAUGGAAAAGAGGGAGGCCAUCAUGUCUUCUCGGAGGCCACAGCGAAAGCACAGCCCCGGAGGCCUGGACUCCCGGCUUUCUAGAACGCUGCUCCUGCUGCUGCUGUCUACGGCCUCCGCCCAGGAGGUCACCCCCAACCGUGCCGCCUGCGUGGUGUCCCAUGCGGUCAACGGCAGCUCCGUCUCCUGCCACCCCCCUGCCCAAAUCCCCCGCCGCUUCCCAGCCGACACCGUCUACCUGGUGGUGGAGUUCUUCAACCUCACGCGGCUGCCAGACGACACGCUCCGGGGCCCCGCUCGCCUCCAGGAACUGCACCUGUCCAGCAACCAGCUGGAGAGCCUCUCGCCCAAGUUCCUGCUGCCCACACCGCUGCUUCAGGUGCUGGAUCUAACCCGCAACCGCCUGGCCCGCCUGCCCCCCGGCCUCUUCCAGCCCUUGGCUGCUCUCCACACCCUGGUGCUGAAGGAAAACCCGCUGGAGGCCCUGGAGUCCUCGUGGCUGCUCGGCCUGAAAGCCCUGCGGCAUCUGGACCUUUCCGAAAACCGCCUCCAGACCCUGCCCCCGGGGCUGUUGGCCAACGUCACCUCCCUGCGCAUCCUUGACCUCAGCAAUAACCAGUUGAAGGCUUUGCCCCCAGACCUUCUGAAAGGCCCCCUGCGGUUGGAAAGGCUGCAUCUGGAAGGCAACGGACUGCAGGUGCUUGGCGAGGGGCUCCUGGCACCCCAGCCAGACCUCCGCUACCUUUUCCUGAAUGACAACAAGCUGGCCACCGUGGCAGCGGGCGCCCUGCAGGGUCUGCGGCAGCUGGACUUCCUGGAUCUGUCCAACAACUUGCUUACCGGCGCGCCUAAGGGGCCCUGGACAUCCCUGGGGCAGCCCACCCGGGACAUGAAGGAUGGCUUUGACAUCUCUGGUAACCCCUGGAUCUGUGAUGGGAACCUGGAAGACCUCUACGGGUGGCUUGUGGCCAAUAAAGACAAGAUGUUCUCUCGGAACGCGACGCGCUGCGCUGGGCCUGAAGCCUGGAAGGGCCGGGUGCUCCUGGUUGCAGCUGAGUCCCACUGAGGCCUGGGGCUGGGCUGGGGAGACGGGCCUGGGAGCACGCUGCCUGCUACUUGGCAAAGAACUCACCCCCGGCUUUCCAGAGCUGCUGGCUGGACCCGCCUGGCCCGUGCUUCCCCAAACACAUCUUGGGCUCUCUGGCCUCCCGGUACCCUCUCCCAAGAAAGCCUUUCCCUGUUUUCCGGAUCUCUGGGCCUCCAGGCGCCCCCAGCCUGCACGGCCUCCCUCUGGCCCAGCCCUGGCCACACUGGGGUUGUCUCUGUCUGGCUCUGUCUCCCCCACUUUGAGGGGCUCUCCGAAUGCAGGGCCUGGGGCUGGGGUGCCUUCUAGCCAGCAUCACUCAGUUUGGGGUCAGAACGGAGGGGUUAAUAAAUAACUGUGGAAAGGGACUGGGCGUACUGGAAUUCCGUGUCACAAGCAUCUCCCAAGUUGACUUCCUAGGUCUCCAGGAGGAAGGAGAAGGAAAGAAGAAAGAGGAGAGACCCAGGGCCUGGGGGCGCAGGACACAAGCUUCUAGAGCUUCUAAAGGGAUUGCAGUUGGGAUAUGAUGGCCUGUGGCUUCCCCUCUCCCUCCCCCAUCCAGGACUUAACUCCAAAUAAAACCCUGACCGUUGCCCAGAGUGUCAUUUGACCGGUGGAUUCCUGCCACAGCUGUGUCCCGGGGAAGGUUUAAAUUAAACUGGAUGCUUCAGGUCUCCAAACAAUUCAUCAUGCUGGCCGGUGACAACCUAGGGGGAUAGCCACCCAGGGCAGGCCUGAGCAGGCUGGGCAAAGCCGAAGGCUGUGUUCUCCCAACUCGCAACCUUGAGCCACCUGCUGACACAGUGCUGGGCAAGCUGGAGCCCGAGUCAGACUUGGGGGACCCCUGGGUGUUCGGGGGGGACAUGCCCAGUGUCUUCAGCUCCCUGGAAGGAGGGUCGUUGGUGGUCAUUCCAGGUAUGAUGACGAAAGCCAGGGAGGGGCCCGGAGUCUGGCAGAGAGGGGUUUGAAUCGGAUCCCUCAAUUUGCUCAUCUGUAAAAUGGGGAUCCAAGGGAACGGGCCGGCCUGAAUCCUGGCUGAGUUCCACGGCAGAUUUUUCCA